AUGGAGGAGAACAGGUGGUUUUUGUCCAUCAUCCAGAAUGAGUUCAGGACUGGGAAGAUUGAUUUAGACAGCACAAUGAAGCUGCUUGAAAAACUGCAGAUGCCUUUUGAUUUCGCACAUUUAAAACAUGUUUUUAAGAAAACAGUCGACAAGCGUAAGGCACAUACGAUUAACAUAGAAGAUUUCAGGGCAAUUUAUCGAACUCUUGUACACAGACCUGAAUUUCAUGAACUUUUCCAUGCUUACUCUCCAAACAGCAAAAUUCUAGCUGACACUGAACUCAUUGAAUUUCUCAAGAAAGAACAAUAUGAAACUGAAGCUUGUGAAACAACUGCCUUAGAAAUUAUUUUGAAGUAUGAACCCAUUGAAGAAGUGAGGAAAAGAAGACAGAUGUCAUUUGAAGGAUUUGUAAGGUACAUGAGCUCAGAAGACUGUUCAAUAUUUAAAAACGAUCACAGGACCAUCUACCAAGAUAUGAACCACCCAUUAUGUGACUAUUUUAUUUCAUCUUCUCACAACACCUACUUGAUAUCUGACCAACUAAUAGGACCCAGUCAUUUAUGGGGAUAUACCAGUGCUCUCUUAAAAGGAUGUCGUUGCCUGGAAAUUGACUGCUGGGAUGGCUCAAACAAUGAACCUGUUGUGUACCAUGGUCACACUUUAACAAGCAAAAUUCCGUUUCAUUCUGUAAUUCAAGUGGUAGACAAGUAUGCAUUUGUGGCAUCUGACUAUCCAAUUGUACUGUCUUUGGAGAACCACUGCAGCCCUAAGCAACAGGAAGUAAUGGCAGAUUAUUUAGAAAGUAUUCUAGGUGACAAACUUCUUACUUCAACAAUGGGUGAUACAGUGGUGACUCAACUACCUUCUCCUGAGGCAUUAAAAUUCAAAAUUCUGGUAAAAAAUAAAAAAGUUGGAACAAUUGAAGAAGGUAUGCUCAGGAGAGAUCAUGACAGUCAUGGUGAGACAGGGGAAAUUUCUGACUUCGAAAAUAUGUCUGAUGAAGAUGAGACUGAUGAAAAAACCCCUCUUCACCCAAAGAGUGAUUCCUCAAAAAGAAAAAGUGAAUUUAGACCUUCAUCCCCACCACGAAAAAAGGCAAAGAUGAAGAAGAUAAAAAUUGCCAUUGCAUUGUCGGACCUUGUGAUUUAUACCAAAUCUGAGAAGUUUGUGAGCUUUGAGCAUUCCCUAGCUAAUCAGAAUUGCUAUGAAAAUAAUUCAAUUGGAGAGGUUCGAGCACGAAAAUUUGUAAAACAUUCAGCUAAAGAGUUUGUUUCACAUACUGCAAGAUUCAUUACAAGAAUCUAUCCCAAAGGAACAAGAACAAACUCUUCAAAUUAUAAUCCUCAAGAGUUCUGGAAUGUGGGGUGUCAAAUGGGUAUGUACAUUUGCAGAGACUGUUGCAUUCCAGGCUUUGCAGGCACUAUACAGAUACAAGAGUUUUUCCUUCCUUAA